AUUUCCCUAUUUACAAAGGCGUGAAACAACAUUUCUAAGUAGUACACUUUCUUGGAGUAGCGAGUUGUGAUUGGUAAACGCUAUUUCCUGGCACACAUGAUCCGAACACAGUUCAUUUCUCUGACACAUCCGCAUCUAUAGCUCUGAAAGACGAGAGCAGGCGGCAUCAUGGCUGAUAAAGACAAAGAAGUGCCCGUGGUUGAAGAAGAAGAUGAGCCAGAUCUGAACUACCAGCCCCCAGCUCAGAAGAGCCUACAGGAAAUCCAGGAACUGGACAAGGAUGACGAGAGCUUGAACAAGUACAAGCAGACCCUCCUGGGCUCUGGACCUGUGGUGGCAGAUCCCACCAUUCCUAAUGUUCAGGUGACCCGACUGACUCUGAUGUGCGAUCAGGCUCCAGGACCCAUCACCAUGGACCUGACAGGUGACCUUGAGGCUUUGAAGAAGAAGAAUUUCACCAUGAAGGAGGGCGUGGACUACAGGGUGAAAAUCCACUUCAAGGUAAACAGAGACAUUGUGUCUGGACUGAAGUAUGUGCAUCUGACCUACAGGAAAGGAUUGAGAGUGGACAAGUCGGUGUACAUGGUUGGCAGCUAUGGUCCAAGAGCUGAGGAGCAUGAGUUCAUGACCCCAGUGGAGGAAGCCCCGAAGGGCAUGAUCGUCCGGGGAAGCUACCACAUCAAAUCCUACUUCACAGAUGACGACAAGACAGAUCACCUGUCCUGGGAGUGGAACCUGAAUAUUAAGAAAGACUGGGACAGUACAGAGUAAAGAGGCUCUUCCUCUUUCUCCCUCUCCCAGAUACAUAGCAACAUACUGAAUUUUUGACAGGAGAGUUAGGUUAGGUAGAUAUGUGACCGGAGUUGGCUUUGCAAUUGAUUGAUUAAUAAUUAGUCAUAUAAAAAAUGCAGAAGAUAUUCUUACAUGUUAGGCAUAAUCAAUGGUGAGGACACACAAUGACUGGCAGGGUUUUAAAAGCAGCUUAGUACCUUGUAUGUAACAACUGUAUAACUUAACAGAUGAAAUUCCUCAUGCCUGUACUCUCAGGUUAGUGUACACUGUUGAUGUAAAUAUUACAAUGUCUGUAUUCUUGCAAUGCAUCUAAAUUUCUUUACACAGCCCAAGAUCAGUGCAUGCUUGAGUGUCAAGCCAUUGUGUCUGCAGUGGCUAAUUUCCUGUAUUGAUGAUGUAAUCAGCCUGCUGUUAAUACAGAUAUGUGGAAGUGGUUUGUAGUAAGUGUUGCUUGUAUUCAGUGGAGCCCAUAGUCAAACACUUCCUCAUACCCUGAGACGUGAAGUUUAAAAUCUCUGUUAAUCUCUGUCCAAGUUUCUGUAACACCUUUUAGCUUUGAUAUUUGAUUUUUUGACAUUCUAAAUUCCAAAAUAAAUACGUUUUAUUGUUUA